GUCCCCCUUGCCGUGAUACAUGAUACAUUCUACAAAAUGCUUGGUUCAUGGAGAUUAAUACCGCAGCAGGACACCAGUCGCCUUAGUCAAUCGUACCAACUCAUGUCAGUUGACGUUACAGGAUCCAUUGAUCACCAAGGCGUGCGUGGGAAAGGACUAGGUAGGCCUAUGACGUUUCAUGAGCGAUGCCAAUACAGCGAGGUGGAUAGUCAAAUAAGGUACAUAUCCUCAUCAACACUCAACGAAUCACACUGCCCGGAAGACGGUAAAAUAAGCAGGGGCAAAAAGGCCUUCCAGCAUUGUACCGUCCUCAGAAAGUUACAUGGGGAAGAUAGUCAUUGUCUAGACCACGGCCGUAAUGGACGGGCCAGAAUGGCAGUCUUCUCAAUAAUCCCAAUUCUCUCAUUCAUUCUCAUAUAUCUUUGUGACUUCAGAGGUUGAGGCAAGGUGGAAGCACGCUGUCGCCCAUAUUCGCUGUGUGAAGAUGUUGGCUUCUUCACCCGCGAGCAUGCUAUCAGUCUUUUCCGCGGUCCAAUGUCUACCGUAAGAGACACUCGGAGAGAAGAAUCCCUGCCAGGAGUGCAGAUGAGUGGGCUCUGUAUCGUCGCGGAUGGUAAUAGGUAGACCAUGUGUCCAUCGCUUCUGCUUGGUCACCCUUAGAUGCCAAUCAAGGAACCUAGGUUUAGGC